AUGUCGGGCAACCCGCCUGGGCAGACGCCCGUACCCAUCCCCACGCCGGGAGGCGGAUCGGUCACUUACCAACCGCCACCACCACCUCAACAGCAACAACAGCAGCAGCAGCAGGCGCAACAGCAACAACAACCCGUAUCGACGACGCCGAUUCCUGCUCCCAUAUCGACGACGCCUGUUCCCGUACCUGCUACUACGCCGGCACCUGCGCCCGCGCCUGCCACCGCUCCGAUGUCGAACCAGAACUUGAACCAGAUUGUUACGGACUACCUGCUCAAGCGUGGUUACACUAGAACGGAAACCAUCUUUCGUCAGGAGUCCAGUCACCUCGGUCCCGAUGGCAGGCCAAUCCACAAUAAGGUUGAUGAGUUGGGCCCCAAGAAGUACUUGAAGGCGUUCAACCUGCUGCGCGAGUGGUUCGAGUUGAACAAGCUGCUCUGGCCUGUUUUCGUCUACUCUUGGCUCGAGUUGGUCACUCAAGGAUAUUCGGAGGACGCCAAAAGCCUUCUCAACACGCUGAAGCCCUACUUCGAGAACAUCCACGCCGACGACCUCAAGACCUUUUCCACAAUCACCCUUCCUCUCCACGUCAAGGAGAACCCGACCACCAAGCUGUACCGCGAGAACAAGUACCGCAUCCCCUUGAACCAGCAUGUCAGCGGCAACCUGUUCCACUUCCUCGAGCGCGAGCGUGACAACGGAGGUGCCGUUAUCACCUACAUCCUCCAAACCUUUUGCCAGCUGGACUCGACCGCCCGCGGUCCCAUCGAGCCCUUCAGUUUCGAAGCUAUCUACCGUCGUAGCCAGAACUUGGACUAUGACGAGGUGGAUCUCCAGGAAGGCAUCCCCGGAGUCUUUACAGGCAUCUCGAACCGAGACCUGUUGGACAAGACUGCGCCUCUCAAGCUCGGCUCUUUGCCCAUGGAGGAGGACCUCCGUGACGACGUUCGGGCCGAGCUUGCGGACGAGGACGCACUCAACCCCCCGCCUGAUGGUAGACCUACUCUCGUUGAUGAGUUCGAUCGGAAGAUCAAGCGUGAGGAGAGCGCCGAUGGCCCUACCAGGGCCGACCUCCCUCUCCCGCCGUCCCGCGCUCGCGACGUUGUAAUGGAAAUGCAGAAGGUUAGGGAGAAUCGUGAUCGUUUCAAGAUCGAGGGCCGUACUGGAGGCGUUGGUGUUCCCGUCAGCGCAUGCAUGUUCACAUUCCACAACACACUCGGAAGCGUCUCAUGCAUGGACUUCUCACAAGACCACGAGCUGGUUGCCGUCGGAACCACAGACUCUUACAUUCGCGUUUGGCACCUGGAGGGCAAGGCUUUGAAGUCCAAGAGGGCCGAUGAGAAGGACUUCAAGUUCAACAACCGCAAGUUGAUUGGCCACUCUGGACCUGUGUAUUCCGUCUCGUUCUCGGACGCGAUCGCUGGGCUCGAGCACGCGCCGUUCGGCGACGAGGGCAAGGGGGAGCAACCUAUUGAAACCGGCUCAAAACUGCUGCUGUCGGCAUCUGCAGACGGUACCGUUCGCAUCUGGUCUCUCGACAUCUGGGCUUGCGUAUGCGUCUUCAAGGGCCACGACGGCCCGGUUCUGAGGGCAAGCUGGGGUCCUCACGGACACUACUUCUUGACCGGUGGAUGGGACAAGACGGCCCGUAUCUGGAUGCAGGAUCACGCCUCUGCUCAGCGCAUUCUGGUCGGACACGACUCGAGCAUUUCUGCUGUCGCUUGGCAUCCUAACGGUACCUACGUCUUUACCGCGUCCGACGAAACUGACAAGUCGGUUCGUAUGUGGUCCGUAGUUACUGGCCAAUGCGUCCGCGUCUUUACGGGUCACACUGAUUACAUCUCAUCGCUCGAGUGCGCGCCCAACGGCAAGAUCCUCGCCAGUGCUGACAACAGCGGUAACAUUUUCUUUUGGGACAUUCAGAAGGGAGCCCGCAUCAAGCGCUCUCGCGGCCACGGCAAGGGUGGCAUUUGGUCGAUGAGCUUCAGCGUCGAGUCCAACGUGCUGGUGUCUGGUGGCCAGGACGGCACAGUCCGCGUUUGGGAUGUCGACCUCCCCGCAGAGGGCCACAAGGCGCUUCAGCCGCAGCAAGGAACGGCCCCCGCGCAAGAAGGAGGUGACACCAUCGUUGCUGCUACUGGACAGACCGAGCGCCAGAACGCCAGCAAUCAGGGAAACACUGGUGGCAGCUCCAGCGCCGCAGGCGGAAGCAAGAAGAAGGGCAAGGAGGUCAUGAUCACGCCCGACCAGAUCAGCGCGUUCCCGACGAAGAAGACGCCUGUAAUGAAGGUGCAGUUCACCCGCAUGAACUUGAUUGUGGCCGGAGGCUGCUACGAUCCCGAUCGCUGA